AUGUCGCUUUGUCAACAUUUCCUACGUGGGAAUUGUCGAUUUGGCAAUAACUGCCGAUUUUCACAUGUGACUCCUACUGAAGCACAAACAACCAGAUUUGCGUUCCGCUCACGCCCGGAACGACCUCAGAUUGAUCCUAUAUACAAGUAUGUUGCACCUGCAGCAGCAACCAAUACUAAGCAUUUCAAUGCUGAAUCUACGACCACGCGCAUCAUGAAAGAUGCUUCGAACUCUCCGAUAUUCAAAUGGGUUAAAGAGAACUUUCGUGAUGAACACAAAGCUAUAGAUAUAUUAAUACAAAUGCAAAAGGAAGCAAAGGUUUGGCUCAAGUCAAGUCUUUGGCGGUUUACAUCUCGAUCGCUCUUUCCUGGUGGACGAACAUUAGAACCUUGGAUUGAUUAUUCAUUUGAAGAAGUUAGAUGGUUACAUCGAUCUAUGAUCGAACAAUCUCAAGAACAUGUCUUUAAAAAACAAUACAGCGACUAUCUUGUAAGCACAGAACGUCAACUUGCUGGCUUAGCAAAAUCGAAUCUCGAGACUUUCGCUUCACUGAAAUCUUAUAUCGAUGAAUAUAUUCAAAGUGCUCAUAAACCGUCGGCAGUAUUAGCAAGUGACGUCGAUAUGAGAGAUGCUGAUAGCAUUUCGACGACGAGAUCCGACACAAACGCGGCUAUUUACACAGCAGAUCAUGAUUUACUUGCAGAAGAACGUGAAGCGUUCGAAAACGACCUGUUCGAAUUAGGACAAAUACCUGUUCAUGCUCCUCCGCAACGCUUUUGUUAA